AUGGAAAAAGCUCAACAACACAUUAAACGUAUUUCUCCCUUUAUUAAUGAUAUUGUUAACUCAUUUAUUACUAAAGAAUCUUUUGAUAAUUAUUUUAAUUUUAUUCAAGAUGACUCUAUUAGACAUGAUAUUUUUUUAAGACAUAAAUAUCAACUUAAACACAUGUUAUACAUUAAGUUUUUAGAAAAUCCAGAAUUAUUGGAUAAAAUUGAAAAAGCAAUUUAUUAUAGAAAAGUCCAAAACAAAAUUCAACAAAAAUUAUCUGUUCUUGCAGCUGAAGUUAAUAAACCACUUCCAUCUGAUAGAGUACAUCAAAUGUGUGAAGAUUCAUUGCUUGUACCUGAAAAGAAAAUGGAAGAAGAAGGAAAUAAUAAAAAUGAUGAUGAAAUUUAUACGUUACUUUCAGAUAUUUUACAAUCAUCUGAAAGUGUUAAUUCAUCAAUUAUAUCAAUAUAUAAACCAGAAGAUCCUGAUGAUAUUUUAUAUUGA